AGGCAGUGGAUGCUGAACACAACGACACCUUUAUUAUGAUGUUUAUGGGCCACGGAUUUGAUGAGAAGAUCCAGGGGUGGGGCAGACAUGAAGGCGAUGAUAUGUUUAUCAGGGAUAUUGUCGACAAGUUCUCUGAGCCUAAUUGUGCGGAACUUCGGGGCAAACCAAAGGUCUUUAUAUUCAACUGUUGCCGAGAAAUAAAAUCGGAGAAUACAUUGCCCGGGAUUUAUAAGGAUAAGAAACUAGUGAUUGACUUCUCAUCCAUAGACAAGUCGUGGACUAAUAAAAAUAAGCGCACUUUUGUUACCUAUGCCUGCGCUGAAGGCUUAAAGUCGUGGUACGACGAAAAUAGUGGCUAUACAUACUUUGGACGGGCAUUAAGCCAUACAAUGGCACAGUUUGCGUGCUAUAAAAGUCUCAUUGAAUUACUACAAAAGACAAUGUUCCGAAUGGAAGAGGAAAACAAAAGUGAGGGCAAGACUGAGGAGCACAACCCCGAGAUCAAGAUGUUUGCCUGUCAAAAGGAUUUUAACGGCUUCGGCAGCGCUGUGAUUGCCACCACUGCCAUCACCACCAGUAUUACCCGGAGCAUUUAUAUUCACAAAAUUGAAAUCCUGUAUCUGCUGUUUCCCACCCCCUCCGUGCCCUCCAUGCCCUCCACGGCCUCCAUGACCACCAUGACCUCCGUGUCCAUGUGA